CUCUUAGGUAGGGUGAAAAAUUGCAGAAGAAAACAUAGCUCUCAAACUAAGAGCCCACAUACUCUGAACAGACUCCGUACGCACGAAGUAAGUCCCAAAAUAUCCACAGCCUCCUCAAGACAUUCCACACCCACGUUCUGCUGACUCAUUCAGACUUUAUCCAAUGAUGACGAAUCAUUUUAGCCUUUUGAUUGCCAUCUUGGUCAUCGCCAUUAAAACAUUAAACACUGAAGAAGAGCUGAAGGAGACUGGGUUUGGAUAUCCACCUCCCCGACACGGACUUGCCUUAAUAAAGUGGUAUGUGAAAACAUGCAUUGACAAUAACAUGGUGGCUCUCUGUGACCCUGUGGCUGGACAGUUUGGGUUCCAUGAGUUCCAUAACAGCGGGUUCGUGCUCCCUCCGCUGAAGGACAAACACACGUAUAUGUACUUCACCAUAGGAAACCUUCACUACCCACACUCUGAGGAUCUUCCCUAUGAAGUAAGGAAGUACUAUGAUCCACAUAACCAAAUAAGCAACAUGGACAGGGUCAUUGUGAAGCUCAACAGGAACACGAACAAAAUCGAGGAGAUCUACAUAUCAGAGCACUAUAAUCCUCAAAGAACUUUUCAGUUAGGAGCCUCUCUCAUCAGUGACUUAAGACAGUACCAGAGCUCUCAAAACAAGAUCUUCUAUUAUUAAAAGAUUUCCCCACAGCUGUGCCUUUUGCACUUUCAGUUUACAAGAUAUUUUAACUUUCACUUCUGAGUUUUUCUUCUGUACAGCCCACUUUAUUUCACUUCUCUUUUUUAUUCUCUCCAUCACAUGCCAUAAAAGGUUUAAUGUUUUCCAUGAAGUUGAAUGUGGACUUUAGACCUGGGUAGGUUUACAGUUUACAGCAAUGUGAUUAACGUUUGCCUACCUUUGGUCAUAUCAAAUAUAAAGAUGGGCUUUAAAGGUGAA